AUGGUGAUCCCAUCUUCCACCCAUCUUCUCUCUUUUCCUGAGGAGAUCAUCGACCGUGUAUGCCAGCAGUUCUGUCCCUGUUGCAGCAUGCGAAGAUCUCCUCGAUGCUUCUUUGACAGAGAUCCGAUGGCGAUUCACGGCAGAGAGUGUCUAUUGGCCUUAUCUCUGACAUGCAAGCAACUAAGGCGUAUUUCCCAACCGCAUUUAUAUCAUCGACCGAUAGGGCAGGAUUUCUUUGGUUUCAUUGACACCAUUGGUCGAAUACCGGCUCUUGGUCAACAUGUCAAGGAGCUCUAUGCGACCCCGACAAUGAUUCGGUGUUUCGCUUGUCGACAUGGCUACCCAAACGAGUUUCUCGCCAAGUGCGACAAACGCUAUCGAACUCAUUUAUGCGACGCUGCCCAGAGAAAUCCCUUGGUUCCGUUUUACGGAUUUAGGUUUCCAAUACCCGUUUUGUUCGGAAAGACCAUGGGAAUGGCCGGGACUGCAAUUGAUUGCAUCCUUUCUGUUGUUAUCUCUUUGAUACCAAAGAUCAAUGACCUUGAGAUUUGCAUUCAAACCGACCGGAUAUUCUGGUCGGUCCCAUCUGGAUAUCUUCAGAAUUUGAAGAAACUUAUUGUUACCGUCUCAGAGUGUUUCCCAGCUGACAACCUCGACAGUCUGGCUGGUCUACUGGACGCAGCGCCUCAGCUGGAAAGUCUCGAACUAGCCGGCUUGGAUCUAAGGGAGCCGAUCAAAGAGUCAGAAAUUGCCCUUUGUCACGGCAAUGUCAACGAAAUCAUACUGAGAUCAUGCAGAAUUCACACCAGUCGGUUGGAAGCAAUCAUGCGCGGCUUCUCAAAACUGCAAACGUUCCGGUUUGGCGCACCAGAAUAUUGGUUAGUUGCUGGUGCCGCAAGUGCACGACCAGGUGUCUCGUACAAAAUUGAGGAUAUCUUGAUGCUGAGAAGCGAUACGCUCAAACAUGUCACACUCGACUUUCUUGGUGGUGGUAUCGAUGGCAAACUAGUACUCCAAGAUCUCUCAGAUAUGAAAGCCCUUGAGACGCUGUACAUCGACAGCCACAUACUGUAUUGCCGAUGGCACCAGGGCCGUCUGUCUACAAAAAGAAUUUGCCAAAUGCUUCCAGAAUCCAUCAAGGAGUUCGGUUUAAUGGAGUGCAUAUACCCCCUGGUACAAGACGAGGUUAUGGAGACAAUCAACAUCUCGGCCCAAGCAUUUCCUCUCCUGAAAAAGCUAGUUGUUCAUCUGUCUAUUGGAAUACGGCAAGUUGACGAGGAUGAAGAGACAGGGGAGUUUGCCUCGGCUUGUGAAGCCUACAACAUAAAGUUUUCGCCGAAUGUGCCUCGAAGCUCAUGGAAUUUGACGUCGCCGGUGCCUUACAGGGGUUGA